GUAUCCACCAAUCAGAAGAAAGGAAAGGCGGGAGCGAGACAGCCGUUGUUAGGGGCGGAGAGUCAUUUAUCUUGUCAGUGGAUCCAACAUCUUGCUGUCUGUUUUCCAGGGUUUAUACACAUCGUUGGUGUUGGGACGGUGUCUUUUUGACGAAGGUGCAAAACGAAUGUUUGCUACAGCCAGCUAAACAAUAUACAUACGUUCCCAAUAUACCUGCCACCCAGCCCCCAGCAGUCUUCACCCAGGAAAAAGAGCACACCGGACAGACCGCAAUGUCUUCUGGUAAAGCAGACCGCUAUCUCACCCAGCCACGAGACUCCAAUACCCUCAUCCAGGCAUGCAGCUCCAACAUCCAGAAGAUCACACAGAACACUGCCAAGAUAAAGAGCAUGGUGAAUCAGCUGGGGACGGGACAAGACACCAGCGAACUGAGGGACAGUCUGCAGCAGAUACAGCACUUUACAAACCAGCUGGCCAAGGAGACCAACAAGCACCUGAAAGACCUGGGCUUCGUCUCACCAUCUUCAGCACCUUCUGAGCAGAGGCAACAGAAGAUCCAGAAGGACCGGCUGAUGAAUGAAUUCUCCGCUGCCCUCGACAACUUCCAGGCCGUACAGCGCCAGGCAGCACAGAAGGAGAAGGAGUCUGUGGCCAGAGCCCGAGCUGGUUCCCGUCUCUCAGCUGAAGAUGGUGUCUCUGAGGAACAGCUUGUGUCUUUUGAUAACCAAGAUGAUUGGGCUCCGACAAUCACACAGACAGAAGAGGACUUGGCGCUUAUCAAAGAGAGAGAGACUAACAUCAGACAGCUAGAGUCGGACAUCUUGGAUGUGAACCAGAUCUUCAAGGACCUGGCAGUGAUGAUCCAUGAUCAGGGAGAGAUGAUUGACAGCAUAGAGGCCAACGUGGAGAGUGCCGAGGUCCACGUAGACCGAGGGACAGAAAAGCUUCAGAGAGCCGCCUACUUCCAGGAGGAUUGUCUCGUGCCUAACUGAGCCAAGUGUGAGAGCGAGGGGAACUGAGCGCCAAGUGUGAGAGCGAGGGGAACUGAGCGCCAAGUGUGAGAGCGAGGGGAACUGAGCGCCAAGUGUGAGAGCGAGGGGAACUGAGCGCCAAGUGUGAGAGCGAGGGGAACUGAGCGCCAAGUGUGAGAGCGAGGGGAACUGAGCGCCAAGUGUGACCCGAAAUUACAUUUAAGUUGGAUAUUCUGCAUAUUCUUAGUGAAACCAUGGAGCGAUUGACCAACUUAGGCUCACUGUAGCUUUCGGACUACUGGAUUGGCUGUUGAUCCUUUUGCCCUCCGAACAGCCUGAGUUCAUCAGGGCAUGGACUCUGCGAGGUGUUGAAAGUGUAUAAACUGAGCAGUAUAAUAAGAGUCUGGUAGCAACGGUUCUGUUUCUGCAUCUCAACUGUCACCAACCCACCCAUCCCUCCGUCUCUCCCCUCAGCAAAAGUCCCGUAAGAAGAUGUGCAUCUUGGCCGUGGUCCUCUCCAUAGUACUGACCAUACUAGGCAUCAUCAUCUGGCAAGCCACCCAAUGAGAAGAGACUACACCCAACCUUCUUCUUUCACUACUUUAUUCGUUUUGAUCCCCAACCUGAAACACUAGCCCCUGGAGUGGUUUGAGAAAGGGAUUCCCGGCUAGCUCACUGUUGACAGGGGUCAGAGGUCAGGGGAGUGGCAUCAGGGGCAAAGGGAUGGGUCUGAGAUGUAACCCUACCUGUUACCUGACCCCCCCCCCCCCCCCCCCUCUCCUGAGCUCAAGGCCUCCCGCUAACCUCUUCUCUGAGACAACGCGGUAGUAUUUCUAUUCAAAUGAAGGAGAGUAUUGGAGAGCGUGGAUUAAUAAAAAGAGACUCUUAUCUGUUUGUGAUAUUACUGCACUAACACGAACAUUCAUUGUAUUUAAAAAAGCAGAAUAAUUGUUAUUGUAAGGGGUGUCAAUUUUUGUAACCUGUACAUUUCUGACACCUUUUUGUGUGUAAGCAGUUUAGUGUCCCACUCAAUUUCAAGUUAUAGGAGAGGUUUCCCCCAACACACAUUAAACCUCGACUAAAAUAUAUAUAUUUUUUUGAUGGAGGUUCUCCAUUGAGCUUGUUUUGUUGUCCAGGACUAGCCUUAAUCUGUGUUGAGGAAACCACCUCGUAGUCUUUAUAUUGCUUAGGUGAGAUGAAGUUCUGAUAGCACCUUUGUUUUAUCGAACUGUAUACAUGAUAAUAACAAACUAUGGAUGUAAUAAAUACAUUUAAUAACACCGUUGCAUGAGCCAA